AUGGAGCAACCAAGUCCCAUCCGGGCAGAGUUCACUCCACGACGGAGUAACCAAGUCCCAUCCGGCCAGAGUUCACUCCACGACGGAGCAACCAAGUCCCAUCCGGGCAGAAUUAACUCCAAGACGGAGCAACCAAGUCCCAUCCGGGCAGAGUUCACUCCACGGCGAAGCGAGUAUACUACACCUGAAGACGUGUAUACUACACCUGCAGACGAGUAUACUACACCUGCAGACGAGUAUACUACACCUGAAGACAUGUAUACUACACCUGCAGACGAGUAUACUACACCUGCAGACGAGUAUAUUACACUUGCAGACGUGUAUACUUCACCUGCAGACGAGUAUACUACACCAGCAGACGAGUAUACUACACCUGCAGACGAGUAUACUACACCUGCAGACGAGUAUACUACACCUGCAGACAAGUAUACUACACUUGCUGACGAGUAUACUACACCUGCUGACGAGUAUACUACACCAGCAGACGAGUAUACUACACCUGCAGACGAGAAUACUACACCUGCAGACGAGUAUACUAAUGCUGACGAGUAUACUACUGAUGACGAGUAUACUACACCUGCAGACGAGUAUACUACACCUGCAGACGAGUAUAAUACACCUGUAGACGAGUAUACUGCACCUGCUGACGACUAUACUACACCUACUGACGAGUAUACUACACCUACUGACGAGUAUACUACACCUGCUGACGAGUCUACUACACCUGCUGAUGAGCAUACUGCACCUGCUGACGAGUAUACUACACCUGCGGUCGAGUAUACUACACCUGCAGACGAGUAUACUACACCUGCAGACGAGUAUACUACACCUGCAGACGAGUAUACUACUCCUGCUGAUGAGUAUACUAUACCUACUGACGAGUAUACUACACCUGCAGACGAGUAUACUACACAUGCAGACGCGUAUACUACACCUGCAGACGAGUAUACUGCACCUGCUGACGAGUAUACUACACCUGCUGACGAGUAUACUACACCUGCUGAUGAGUAUACUACACCUGCAGACAAGUAUACUACACCUGCUGACAAGUAUACUACACCUGCUGACAAGUAUACUACACCUGCAGACAAGUAUACUACACCUGCAGACAAGUAG